CACCAUAUAAGAUUUUUUAUAAUAUGUGAUCAUAGUCCAAGACUAGAGAAGAAGAAAAAAGUUAUGAAGAAAAACAAGUUUCUAAUAAGUUUAGUACUGAUAAUUUUGUUUCCAUAUGUAUAUUCAACAACAUCAAGGCCUGCAUGGCCUAAAACAAACAAGCACUUUGUGCUAGUUCAUGGGGGAUGCCAUGGAGCCUGGUCUUGGUACAAGAUUGUGGCACUAAUGAGAUCUUCAGGGCAUAAUGUAACAGCUAUUGACUUGGGUGCUUCAGGGAUCAACCCGAAGCCGGUCCUGGAAAUACCACGUUUAUCUGAUUACUUAAGUCCCUUAAUGGAGUUCAUGGCUUCUCUUCCGGAAGAUCAAAAAGUAGUUCUCGUAGGACAUAGCCUUGGUGGAUUUGCGAUUUCUAAAGCCAUGGAAAGCUUUCCUGAAAAGAUUUCAGUUGCUGUAUUUUUCGCUGCUCUGAUGCCUGGUCCAGCUCUCAGUGCGGCUACACUCUACACCAAGGUUACUAGUGGAGUAGCAUACCAGCCUGACAAUAUUCUUACAUAUGACAAUGGGCCCAAUAAUCCUCCAACAACCUUUAACUUUGGUCCUAAGUACUUGGCAAGUUAUCUUUAUCAGCUGAGCUCCAUUCAGGAUUUAGCGCUGGCUACUACAUUAGUAAGGCCAGUAUAUUUACAUAGCCCGGAAGACAUAUCAAAGGAGAUGGUUCUUUCGAGAAAAAAGUAUGGAUCAGUUAGGCGAGUGUUCAUCGGGGCUGCUGAAGAUAAAAUUCUAACGAAGGAAUUGCAACAGUAUAUGAUUGAAAAGAAUCCACCAGAUGAAAUGGAAGAGAUCUUAGGCUCUGAUCACAUGGCCAUGAUUUCUAAGCCUCUUCAAUUUUUCACUCUUCUUCUUAGCAUUAUUGCUAAGAAAUGACGAGCUUCCUUAAUUAGCUUAGACAAGUUUGUGAUAACUUACAUAUUCAAGAAUAAAAGUAUACUUUUGUAUCA